AUGGCGAAGCACAGUAUUGGACCAGGCGCUGCUGGUAGUGCAAUCAAUAAUCGGCAGCUCUCUUCGACUGCCGCUUCUUCUCCAGUGGUGAAGGUCUAUGGCUACCUGGAUCAGCACACGCAUGAGCUGACGCUGAUGGGGACCCAGAAGGAAUGGCUUCAUCAGCCGCCACUGGUGUCCUUAGAGCUAAAGCGAACUUGGUUCUCACAGGGCAUGGCGGUCUGCACCGCGCAAAGGAUACGCCCUGGGUCGCCUGUGACCUUUCAGCUGCAGAAGCUGGAUCCAGAGACACCGUACAUGGUCUUCAUCAGCAACGUGCCCGAGGCCGAGCUCCUCUCGCCCAUGCGCUUCCGCACGAUGCCCUCACGAAUGGAGUCGCUUCGGCUCGUCGUCAUGGGGGACUACUCGGCAUCGAAUGCGUCGACCGUGCCACUGGAUGAUGAGAACAACUCAGAUCCGUGGCAGCACCUCUACCACAUGGUGUCAAGGGGCGCCGAGGUUCAGGUAGGCCUACAUGUCGGCCGCACCUUUGCUGCGCAGAUGUUCGAGCAGGUUCGUAACAGCUUGGUCGAGCACCAGAGCUUCUGCGAGGGGCCGAAGCAGGCGAUGCUUCGAGAGGCGCGUGCCCGGCUGAGGGAAACCUACCGCACCACGUCCCCGGCCCAGCAUAUUCAAGAGCUGGGUACGUCAACGUAA